AUGUCGUUCUCGGGACGUCGCGUCAGCAUCCUGCGUCCGUCGGACAGCAGGCGAUUCUCCACGAACAAAGAACUGUCCGAGAACGAGAAGAACUCCGAAACCCACCGUGAUUUCCGUGCCGCCCACGAAGGUCACCGUCCCCACGCUGGCCUGGACGCUUCUCGUGCCUCCACCGGUGUCAUCUGGUGUACUGAGCGUGCCAAUGAGCACGGUUUCCAAGACGACCCAUCGUCCUGGGCGAACCUGGGCCAGGGUGCCCCAGAGGUCGACGAUGAGAUCGAGGGAAGCUUCCACCGUCCGACCACGAUCCCUAUCGAGUCCGCCGCCCGAGAAUACGGUCCCACGGCCGGAAUCAAGUCUCUGCGUGCUGCCGUUGCCCGGCUGUACAAUGAGCAUUAUCGCAAGGGGAAGGAGAGCCAAUACACCUGGGAGAAUGUGUGCAUUGUGCCCGGUGGACGAGCCGGACUGAUCCGGAUUGCGGCCAUUCUGGGGAACUCAUACUUGUCGUUCCCUAUCCCUGAUUACACGGCCUAUUCGGAGAUGUUGUCUCUGUUCAAGAACUUUUCACCCAUCCCGAUCCCUCUAGCCGAAGAAGACCACUAUCACAUCCAUCCGGACAAGAUCGCCGAAGAGAUCGCACGAGGCACCUCGGUGAUCCUGACCUCGAAUCCCCGCAACCCCACCGGCCAUGUCGUGUCGAACCCCGAGCUGGCUCGCAUUCAGGACAUCUGCCGAGGCCGUGCCACAUUGAUCUUGGACGAGUUCUAUGGAGGCUACAACUACGCCACGGGCUGUGACGGCACGACCAUAAGUGGUGCGGAGAACGUCGUGGAUGUCGAUAAAGACGAUGUGCUCCUGAUUGACGGUCUUACAAAGCGGUUCCGCCUCCCUGGCUGGCGUAUUGCUUGGGUUGUUGGGCCCAAAGAAUUUAUCAACGCCCUCGCCUCCGCGGGCUCCUACCUCGACGGUGGUGCAAACGUGCCAUUCCAAGAAGCGGCCGUACCCAUGCUCGAGCCGUCCCUGGUGCGUGCGGAGAUGAAGGCGCUCCAGGUCCACUUCCGAAAGAAGCGUGACUACGUCUUGUCUCGCCUGCACGAGAUAGGCUUCCGCAUCAAGGAUGUGCCGCAGGCGACUUUCUACAUCUGGCUGGACCUGACGUCCCUUGAGCCGCCGCUGCCUCCGGAGGCGAACAUCUCGGAUGGUCUGAACUUCUUCAACGCUCUUCUGAAGGAGAAGACCAUCGUCGUGCCCGGAAUCUUCUUCGAUCUGAACCCGGCGAAGCGACGAGACCUUUUCGACAGCCCUUGCCACCAUUUCGUGCGGCUGAGCUAUGGCCCCAAGAUGGACGUCUUGAAGAGGGGUCUGGACGGCAUUGAGCGGGUUGUCCGUCGCGCAAGAGGUGAAAAUGUCGGUCCGACCUUGGAAGACGAGGUCGCGAUCGAGGACUAG